GUGGCGGAAGGAACGGAGUGGGAUCUGAAGUGGUUCCUUCAGUGGCUAUCCUUCGCACUUGUUAUCGCCCUUGCCUUGCACACUUUCGUUAAGGACACAGCCUCUAAGUACUUUCAACGUAACAGCAAUAACCGUUUCGAUAACCCACUCCAACAACCAAUGCCUGGCGUUCUCGACGACCCUUCCUGCGCCGCGUGUGGAGCACGCGCCACCAAGAAGUGCUCGCGAUGCAAAGCUGUUCGAUACUGCUCGCAAGAAUGCCAACAGUCACAUUGGAAGUCCGGACAUAAGGCGAAGUGUACAGUAAAUUCGAAUAAAAAUGGGACUAACAAUUGUGUGUCAAAGCCUUCGGCAGCUGGGGAGAAAAGUUCAUCUUCAAUUGCAUUGAUACCAAGUUCCAAAACUUCGAGGCCUAUCAAGAAGCCUAAAGAUGUUCUUUUUCCUUACGAUGAAUUCAUUAAAUUCUUUAACUCGGAAAAGCCAGGAUUUCCUCCUUGUGGACUCCUGAAUUGUGGAAACAGUUGCUUUGGAAAUGUGGUUCUUCAGUGUCUCUCAUUCACAAGGCCACUUGUUGCGUACUUGUUGGAAAAGGGCCACCACAGAGAAUGCAGUUGCAAUAGUGAUUGGUGCUUUCUUUGUGAAUUUGAAGCUCAUGUUGAAAGAACAAGGUCAAGUUCUCAGGCAUUUUCUCCGACCAGUAUUCUUUCCCGUUUGUCUAAUAUUAGUGGUACUUUGGGUUGUGGAAGUCAAGAAGAUGCUCAUGAGUUCAUGAGAUUAUGCAUUGAUGCUAUGCAAUCUGUUUGCCUUGAUGAAUUUGGUGGAGAGAAGGCCGUCCCUCCUAAGCUUCAGGAAACAACUCUUAUUCAACACAUUUUUGGUGGCCGGCUUCAAUCCGAGGUGUUUUGCACAAAAUGCGAAAAUAUUUCAAAACAGUAUGAAAAUAUGAUGGAUUUGACUGUUGAAAUUCAUGGAGAUGCUGCCUCCUUAGAAGAAUGUCUAGACCAGUUUACAGCCAAGGAGUGGCUCCAUGGAGAAAAUAUGUAUAAAUGUGAUGGGUGCAAAGACUAUGUUAAGGCGUGGAAGCGUCUCACUGUGAAUCGUGCCCCAAAUAUUCUUACAAUUGCCUUAAAAAGAUUUCAGAGUGGCAGGUUUGGAAAACUUAACAAGAGAAUAUCAUUCCCAGAGACUUUAAAUCUUAGCCCCUACAUGAGUGAAGCUGGAGAUGGAUCUGACAUUUACAAGCUAUAUGCUGUUGUAGUCCAUAUUGAUAUGCUAAAUGCUUCAUUCUUCGGCCACUACAUCUGCUACAUCAAGGAUUUCAAUGGAAACUGGUAUAGGAUUGAUGAUUGGAAGGUCACGAAGGUGGACAUGGAGGAGGUACUUUCUCAAGGUGCAUACAUGCUAUUGUAUAACAGGUCUAGUGCUCAACCAUCCAGCCUUCAAAUUCAAGCAACGGAAUCAUCAGAACCAGCACCAGCGCAAACGGUUAAGGUGGAACGAGAGCAAGGUCCAAAUGAACUAGUUGAAUGCCUCUCAAAUAUGAAUGCUCAGGCUGCGACUUGCAAUGGAGCUCGCGAGGUUUCUCCAUCUUAUAGUAGUCCAGAACCGAAGGUCUCUGGCAACAAAUAUGAGCCUCUGUCUGGAAUGAACGCUGAUGCCAAAGGAGAGCAUUCUGAGGAUGUCGAUAUUAGUGAUGCUGAGCCAACCGAUGUUACAAAUAUUUCCAGUAGUAAAGUUGAAUCAUCCGACAUACCUAUUUCUCCAGCCGACAAAGAUUCGCGGAACGUAGACAUGGACCAAUCCCAAGCGAAGACCUCUGGCUGCACAGAAAAGAAAGACGACACUCAUACAGUUAGGUCUGGCCCCUCUCCAGUUUCGCCAACCAAUUUUGCUGUUUCAAUGGGUCGUCAAAACAUGGGAGAGAACUUGGAACAUAAUACAGAAGUGGUUAAAUGCAAGUUAACAACAAAAGAUAAUGCAUACUGUGCCAAUGGCAAUGGCAAUGGCUAUGCCAGUGCGAACAAAUCCAUUACUGCAGUUGAGGAUGCCGAAACUGACCAAGGAAAUGAAGCUAACAAAGUAGGAAUAAAAGGGGACAAGUUAAUAAUGUAGGUGCUUUUUAUUUUUCUGGGCUUCUUUUUUUUUCUUAAUAUUAUUUGAUUAUCCCAUCAUCUAAAAGAGGUGGUGAGUUGGGAAAUUUUUGUCACAGGUUAACAUUAUUUGCAGGAACUUUAUAUCUUAUUGUAACACUUUUAUAUGGAUACUCUAAUUUAUUAAUAUUGAUAGAAUAAAAUUUUACAGCCCCUUGUUUCACU